ACACUUAAGGUUUUUUUUCUAACUCUUCCUUAAUUCGCUCAUAUUUUGUUUUUCUCGUACCUCGUCACAAGUUCCAUUCUUUUCAAUUUUCAUUCACCAUAUUACGCAUAACCCUUUUUUCAUUACUCAAUUUUUCUGUGCCGUUUUGCUUAUUCCCUUUCGUUUAGGAUUCGUUCUUCAAAAGGGUUUUGUGGCUUCAAAGGUGGAAGCUUUUUAUCUUUUGAGAAAAUGGGGUUUUCGAAUUCGGAGUUGCAUGUACGAAGUUUUGUUACCUCCUUGAUCGUGAUUCUAAUGGGAACUUUCUCUGUUGCAGACACUGACCCUGUUGAUGUUGCAGCAAUCAAUAGUUUAUAUGUUGCUAUGGAGUCACCACCUCUUCUAGGGUGGAUGCCUGAGGGAGGGGAUCCAUGUUUAGACCUUUGGCUAGGUGUGGAGUGUGUCUUCUCCAACAUAACUGCCAUACGGCUCGGAGGCUUGAAUUUGGGUGGAGAGCUGGGCAGUAAUUUGGAUUUUCCAUCCAUUAUGGAAAUUGAUCUUAGCAACAACCACAUUGGAGGAACCAUUCCAUUCACUUUACCGCCUACUCUUACAAGCUUGUCUCUCGCAAGAAAUCGCUUAAAUGGAAGCAUUCCCGAUGCCUUAUCCUUAUUAUCCCAAUUGUCAAGCUUGGAUUUGGCCGAUAACAACUUGACCGGCCAGCUGCCUUCCUCAAUGGGGAGUUUAUCAUCUCUUACAUCAUUACUGUUGCAGAACAAUCAACUCGGAGGAACCCUUUUAGUUUUGCAGGACAUUCCUCUUCAAGAAUUGAAUAUCGAGAAUAAUUUAUUCUCCGGGCCAAUUCCUCCGAACGUGUCUAACAUCCCUAAUUUGAAAAAAGAUGGGAAUCCGUUUAAUACUACUAUUAUUCCGACACAGUCUGCUUUAGCCCCCUCACCUGUAGUUACCGGUCUAUCUCCCGAAGAAUCACCUUGGCAUGUGGUUUAUAGUCCUUCUGACUUCCCAUCACCGGCACCUAGAAAAGUUAAGAAGUCUUUCCUAGCUAAGCACGGCUUUUGGAUUGCCGGUGCCGGUACAUUAAUAUUUAUCGCUUUGGGAAUUUGUGUUUGUACGGCGUGGUGCUGUAAGAGAAAGCCGAAAGAUAAAAACUCUCAGAAGCUUGAUCUGGAGGCUUUUCCAAAUACUUUGCAUAAACCUACUCACAAUGACGCAGCUGAGAAAACAUCGCGUUUCAAUGAAGUUCCUAAUAGGAGAACGAAUUCGUUUCCAAAGGUUCAGGAUGAACAAGAAGGAUAUGUCAACACAGUAACUGCAACUUCGGAAUACAAUAAUGUUUCUAAACCUUCCCUUCUGCAGCCACCACCACAUCCUCUGCCAAUCAUUCCUGUUGAGAAGGUCACUGUCAAUUCUGCGGUAACUACCAAAGCAGCUGACAGAAAAAUUAUGACAAGUUCCAUCAAAAUGUAUACCGUUGCAUCACUUCAGCAAUAUACAAAUAGCUUUUCCCAAGAAAAUCUUAUUGGUGAAGGCACUCUUGGAUCUGUUUAUAGAGCCGAGCUCCCCGAUGGAAAGCUAUUGGCGGUGAAGAAACUGGACACUAGAGCUUUCAAGGACCAAACCGAUGAGCAGUUUCUUCAAUUGGUAUCUAGCAUCUCAAAAAUCCAGCAUGUCAAUAUUGCAAAGCUUGUCGGCUACUGUGCUGAGUAUAACCAACGAUUACUUAUAUACGAAUAUUGUAAUAAUGGAACCCUCCAAGAUGCACUUCACGGUGAUGACGAACAUUGUAUUAAAUUUCCAUGGAAUGAGCGCAUUAAGGUUGCACUCGGUGCUGCAAGGGCUUUAGAAUAUCUGCAUGAGAAUUUCCAGCCGCCCAUUGUACAUCGAAAUUUUAGGUCUGCUAAUGUUCUCCUGAACGAAAAGUCGGAAGUGUGUGUCUCUGAUUGUGGGUUAGGUCAUUUGCUAUCUUCUGGUGCUGUUGGUCAGUUAUCUGGACGCCUCCUCACAGCUUAUGGUUACAGCGCUCCAGAAUUUGAGUCUGGAAGUUAUACACAGCAAAGUGACGUGUUUAGUUUUGGAGUUGUAAUGCUAGAACUUCUCACGGGAAGAAAAUCGCACGACAGGUCACGGCCUCGCGGAGAGCAGUUUUUGGUGAGAUGGGCAGUACCUCAACUCCAUGACAUUGAUGCAUUGUCAAAAAUGGUUGACCCUCAUUUAAAUGGAUCGUAUUCUAUGAAGUCCUUGUCACGUUUUGCAGAUAUUGUUUCGUCGUGUAUUCAGCGUGAACCUGAGUUUCGGCCAGCUAUGUCUGAAAUUGUUCAGGAUCUCUUGCUAACGAUGUAGAAGGACGGAUUUGCGGAUACGAUGAACUCCGUUUCUGGACUUAACCUGUCUAUUUUUCAUUAAUUUGGUGUGAGAUCUUGAUUUAUUAUGCUAACAAAUGUAAUUAGUAGCAGGAAUGAUGUGAGUUAGUUUUAUGCAUCAUUGUUCAUUAUUGAUGCUAGUUUGUCAAAGAUGGCAUGACUCAGUUCAUCAUGAUUAUUUGAGCAUGCCAUUCAUCUUUUGUACAUUUGAUAGUGUUUGGAAAACUUGGAAAAUCACGGUGGGACAAAAGCUACACAUACCAGUUUCUCAGUUUCUCAAAAUCACGGUGAAAAAUGUGAGUCAGCGGUGGCCCACUGUACUACCAAACAUAUACACAUGUUUUUGGGCAGUGUCAUGUUUGUUGUUGUUGGGAAGCAACUAGAAAUCAACAACAAUGGUUACCCUUCUUCAUAAGAUAUUGGUCAUUUUAGUCAUUUUUAUUUUUGACACAUUAGCUUGGAUUUAUUUUUGGUAAAUGUAACAAUGCUAUAUUUUUUGUGUACUUUUAGGUGUAUGUUUUGUAUUUGAGGAAAAAGCUGAAGCACUAAAAAAAGGCAUUCUUUA